UGCAUUUCUUAGCUGCCUGUUAUUAUCUUUGUCACGGAGCUGGAGCGGCUUGCUGACCUUCGAGAUACGAAAUCGACAAGUUCGAGGUAUGUUGGUGUACAUAUGUCUGGUUUUGCUUACCAUUCUGCCCCAUGAGGCUUUAUCGACCCUAAAACAGAUUAAACCCUGUCCAGGAGACACAAGGGGAGACAGGCGUUGCAGUCACGACCCGACACAUCGAGUUUGUGCCAAGAUUGGAGAUCCAGGCACAUCUUUUUGGAAAUUUACAGGACAAACCUCUUGGUGUGGGUCAGUGAGUGAUUACGGUGAUGAAAAUGAUGGAAAACAGAGGUGUCCCCUUAACACUCCAACUUGGUGCAUUUGUAAGUGGGCGACCGCUAAGUGGAUAAAGGGAGAGGGCUGCAAUGAACACAUUGAGUUUGACUGCGAGGCUACUGACGUGUGUAACUUGAAGGCCUCCUACGUUGAUUUUAGCGUAGAUUUGAAGCCCGCUCAUGAUUGCAUGAUGAAGAAGUGCAAGGAACAAUGGGAUGCUUGCCCGGAUAGUGGGCCCGAAACUAGGUCUUACCACACUCGAGACUUCCUAGAAGUUCGAGAUAUACCAGUUUAGAUCUGAUGUAAACUCGAGAUGAGAAGUGGAGGAGCUGUUUGUCAUAAAAUAGGAUCGCAACUUACAUUGCAGUGAAUGCUGUGCUUAAGAAUGUGUUUUAGGAUUGAAUUAAUAAAAACGAACGUUAUUAGACUUAA